GCCCGGGAUUAUCUACAGAAGAAAGGAAACUUGACAGUUGUAGCAGGGAUCAUCUCGCCAAUCAGCCAUGACAAUAAAAAACAGGAACUUGUGUCUAGCCGACAUAGGGUGGAAAUGUGCAAGAUUUCUCUGCAAGAUUCCAAAUGGAUAAGAGUUGACGCUUGGGAAAGCACACAAGAUGGCCACGUCAGACCUCUAAAUCUUCUACGUCAUCACAAGACUGCCUUGGAGAGGAGAUUUAAGAUCAGCAGUCCUUGUUGUACCCAGCCAGUCAAAAAACAGAAGAAGCCUCUUCCUCCACCACCAAACAUCAACAAAGAUCUCAACGGAAAGCCAAUAGGGUGGUACAAAUAUGGCGUCGAUAUCCUACAAAACUUCUGCUGCCCGGCUUAUAUGGACCAGGAAAACCAAAAUACAGAUGAUGCCCACCAGGUCGAAAUACCAAAGAAAAAAGGCAUCACCGUUCUGCUACUGUGCAGUCAGGAAAUGCUGGAGGCUUUUGCCAAACCCGGAGUGUGGAGGCAAAACGAGGUGGUGGACAUUUUAAAGCAUUUUGGACUGGUCUGCAUAGCACGUGACGGAUUCAACCCAGAGCAGGUCAUAUAUGAGUCCGAUGUACUCUCUCAAUACAAGGAGAGCAUCCAUAUUGUCACUGACUGGAUUGAGAAUGAAAUUAUACCAACUAAAGUGAGGAGAGCACUGCGUCGAAAACAAAGCGUGAAAUAUCUUCUACCAGACGGAGUCAUCAACUACAUCAGGAAACACAAGCUUUACCAAACCAAGACCACGGACGACAAUGCAAACGUCAUCAGGAUUACAGACAACAGGGACAUCACCAUCCCAGUAGACGAGUCUAUCAUGCCCUACCAAGCACACAACAAACCCUUCUCGAAGGACAACAGGAGCGCCUCGAAAGAAUAUCUCGACGGAGAGGAAGAAGAGGAGGUUAAGAUGACCUUGCAAGACGUUGCUGUCAAGGUGACGGCAAUAGAAAGACGUGUGAGGGAGUUCGACAUGAGGGUAAGGGAAGUGGAAGACGCAGUCAACGGCAAAUUCGACCUAUACAGAUCUUCUUUCUACAGCGAAGAGUCCGGCCUGGGAGACUCCAUGUCUGAAGGAGACGUCGAUGACAUCACCGAGCUGACUGAUGAGGAAGAAGAUGAUGAAGGAAAGAACUCGGAAUCUGAGAAGGGCAUGAAAUGGACGAGACCAUCGGUCCAUCUGGGAGCAGCGGAACGUCUCGAGGUGCUCUUGAAGGAAAGCAAGGAGGCCACGUGUUUCAGUGGCAAGAAAGACAUGCACGUCCACUUCGCUGCGGAUGUUGAUGAAGGUUUUACAUCUCCGACUGACAAGUUACACAGAGACAUCCACUACUCCAAGGACUACCUGCCGAAGAGGAUCCGAAAAACACGCCUGGACCCACUUGAAAAAGACAGUGAGAACAGGUAUAUGUCAUUGAGAAAGUGUCGCCUGGAGGCAGCCCUCGGCUCUACUGAUAAGUUGAACAACAAUCUACACUUUGUGUUGGAGCCACCCGGAAGAGCUCAACCCGCCACAUGUAAAGCCGAGAGAUCCUCCCAACCAGAGGCCAAGCCAAACAACGACAACGUUGAAGAUUCCUCGGGUUCGAACAGCCUGUCGAGUGAUCGUAAAUCACCAAGGUACCACGGGAAGGUAUCGCCCUCCAAGGAGUUUUACAUGUGGGGAAUCAAAUUCUGCUCGUCUGAAAGUCUUGAUGAAGAAGCCAGCAGGGAGCGUAAAGAGAGAACAUGCCAUCAUCAUCACCAUCACCGCCGCCACAACAUGGAUAGUGAGGAACUCAGGCAGCGUGGAGGCGAGGCCGAUGGGAAAAACUACCCAGACCAUGACACCGACAAGACUGUGGAGACACCAGAUGCGAACAAAAAGGACGAAGCCACAUCAAUGGAGAAGCAAAGCAAAGUGGAAGCUGUCCAACAACAGAAUGCGGAGGAAGUUGUCGACACGAGUGGGAUUCCAGAAGUCAGGAUAACAAACUAUUCACCCAGCGAAGGACUUAGUGGCGAAGAACCCAAACAGGACCCUGUUACCGACCUCGAGAAGGACAAAGAAAUCGCAAAAAAAGAAGAAAAGUCUGAAGAUACCGUGACAGAAAAGGUGGAUGAAGAGGACGAAGGUGCGACUGCGGAACACACUACGGAACAACAGAAGAAGCGAGCAUCAUUAAAGCUGGACUUUUCCGUCAAUAGUCCGAGGAAGUCUCAUUCCGAAACUGUCUGGCACCUUAUCGAAUCAGACAAAAAGAGCUUUACCGUCAUGGUUGAUGAUGUAGACAAGAGGCUAAAUGGAGCGAUUGGGGACCCAACCUGGGUUUGACCAUUUUAGAUGGUUAUUUUCAUUUUUUAAUCAAACUUUAGUUUCCCUUUGGUAACGUUUGUAUUAUAACAAUAUACUCUAUACAUGAUGCAAUGGUGGGGUAUAUUAGGAAAAGAAGUAAAGCUUUGAGAAUUCCGAAAAUAUUCUGAAGCUCCUAUAAAUAUUGUAUUCGGAAAUAGAUUGUUAAUUUUAUGCAACUAGAGGUAAGGUAUUUCUGAAGAGAUAUUUCGUUCCCAUCAUUUCUAAGAACUAUUUGGUGUGUUCCUUAUUGUGAAAUAUAAAACUAAAACACAACUUGGGGGUUUAUUGUAAAAGCUUGGCAGAAUAAUACACACUGUAUCUGGGCAUUAAGAUUGUUACAAAAGCGUUUCUUUACGAGAAAUUCGUUUUUCUACUAAGAUUUACUUUUCGCAUUCAGUACAAUAUUUUUUUCCAGUUCCAUUGAAUAGAUCCCUUACCAUUACAAAUAGAAAUGGAAUGUUCGAAUUUGGGAAUGGUACAAUAGCAUCUUAUACGGUGUUACAUAUCAAAAGCGACGUGUAGCGACAAAAACUUAUCCCGCACUUGUUGUGCAAGUACUUCCCAAUUGCUAUUGACUAGAAUGGUGUGUAGCAAAUGUUACUUAAGCUUUCAUUAUCAAAAUAUGUAUUAUAUGCAAAAUAUGUAAAUAAGUCAUUUUGCUACAGUUAAGAACAGUAUCACCUAUAAUAGCUAUAAACAUACAAUAGACACGGCAAUGCUAAGCUAAAUAGAUUUGGUUACGUAGUUAAAUUUAGCUAGUAGUGUUACUAAGGUGUAUGCAAUGUGAGUGUAUGAUGUCAUCAAUUGCUCAUUACUUACAGUAAUAAUGUUUAUACGGCAUAGAGAUCUGAAAACUUUAGUGCGUUAAAAAGUAUGGUUCCACUUGGAAUGAUAUUCAUUGAUCUAUCUUUCUAAUAACGGUACAUAAGAUCAAUGAAUAGGAGUUAAACCAUAGAUAAAUCUAUGGCGUCUUGCCACAGUGGAUUUCAAAUCAUGAAUAGUAUCUAGCAAUGAAAUCCUAAAAUAUGAGCAUUAAAGGGCAUAGUGCACAACCAAAAUGCUUGUCCAAGCCAUGUCUUAAAGAAGUGGCUGGAUUGAACAGGAUAGAAUCGAGCAUACGCAACAAAGGAAUGUCUUUCUCUGUGUUGGUAA